AUGGGAACAUUGCCGAACUGGUUGGGUGAGCUUAAAAAUCUUAGGGUACUCUUUUUAUCCGAUAACAAAUUUGAAGGUCCCAUCCCUGCUUCUUUAUGGACAUUGCAACACCUGGAGUAUUUGUCUCUUUCACGGAAUGAGUUGAAUGGAAGUCUCCCAGAUAGUGUUGGACAACUUUCUCAACUGCAAGGCUUGGGUGUUUCUUUCAAUCAUUUGAGUGGAAGUCUCUCUGAACAACAUUUUUGGAAGCUGAGUAAGUUGGAGUAUCUAGUCAUUGGCUCUAAUUCUUUCCAUUUGAAUGUUAGUCCCAAUUGGGUUCCCCCUUUCCAGGCGAAUUCACUUGAUAUGGGUUCAUGCCACUUGGGUCCUUCAUUUCCGUCUUGGCUUCAAUCUCAAAAGAACCUCGAGUAUCUUGAUUUCUCAAAUGACAGCAUUUCAAGUCCCAUUCCAAACUGGUUUUGGAAUAUUGCUUUUAAUCUGCAAUGGUUGAAUCUUUCUCACAAUCAGUUACAAGGUCAGCUACCAAAUUCAUUAAAUUUUUAUGGUGAAUCAGAGAUUGAUUUCAGUUCCAACCUCUUUGAAGGACCUAUUCCUUUUUCAAUCAAAGGGGUCUUUUUUCUAGAUCUCUCCCAUAAUAAAUUUUCUGGCCCUAUCCCACUAAGUAGAGGUGAAUCCAUGUUAGACUUGAGAUACCUUUUGCUUUCCGAUAAUCAAAUAACAGGGGCCAUCCCAUCAAACAUAGGGGAAUCCCUACCCAGCUUGUAUUUCCUUUCUCUUUCGGGUAAUCGAAUAACAGGAACCAUCCCAAAUUCCAUAGGACACCUAUCUUUUCUUGAAGUCAUUGAUUUUUCAAGGAAUAAUUUGACUGGAAGCAUUCCUUCUACCAUAAAUAAUUGCUUUAGCCUUGUUGCUUUAGACCUUGGAAACAACAAUCUGUCUGGGAUAAUACCAAAGUCGUUGGGCCGGUUGCAAUCGCUCCAAUCACUGCACUUGAACCACAACGAGCUUUCAGGAAAGCUCCCCUCAUCUUUCCAAAAUUUAACAGGCUUGGAAGUUCUUGAUCUUAGUUACAACAAAUUGUUGGGUGAGGUUCCUGCAUGGAUUGGAGCUGCUUUCGUAAAUUUAGUAAUACUCAACUUGAGGUCGAAUGUGUUUUGUGGAAGACUUCCCUCCCAGCUUUCAAAUUUAAGCUCCCUGCAUGUCUUAGACAUUGCACAAAACAAUCUGAUGGGUGAAAUUCCAAUCACUUUGGUUGAGCUUAAAGCCAUGGCUCAAGAGCAAAUGAAUAUAUAUCGGUUAAGUGUGAAUGCCAACUCCUCGUAUACCAGCUCCUUGUAUGAAGAACAAUUGGUUGUGAUUGCCAAAGGCCAAAUUCUUGAAUAUACCAAGACUCUUUCUCUUGUUGUAGCCAUUGACCUAUCCGACAAUAAUUUAAGUGGAGAGUUUCCCCAAGAAAUAACAAAAUUGUUUGGUUUAGUGGUUUUGAACUUGUCGAGGAAUCACAUCACUGGCCAAAUUCCUGAAAACAUUUCAAUGUUGCGACAAUUGUCAUCUCUUGAUUUGUCAAGCAAUAAGCUUUCCGACACCACUCCUUCAAGCAGGGCCUCAUUGUCAUUCUUGAGUUAUUUGAAUCUAUCAAAUAACAAUUUCUAUGGUGAGAUCCCCUUUAUAGGGCAAAUGAUAACCUUCCCCGAGCUAGCCUUUGUGGGAAACCCUGAUCUAUGUGGACCUCCACUGGUCAUAAAAUGCCAGGAUGAAGAUCCAAAUAAAAGGCAAAGUGUUGUUAGUGACAAAAAUGAUGGUGGCUAUAUUGAUCAAUGGUUUUACUUGAGCGUUGGCUUGGGAUUUGCCAUAGGCAUCCUAGUUCCAUUUUUUGUUUUGUCAACAAGGAAAUCUUGGUGUGAGGCCUAUUUUGAUUUUGUGGAUGAGAUUGUCAGAUGGUUGUUGAGAGGAAGAGCAACCUAUGCCAAAAAUCAUCCUAGAAGGCGAUAA